GCCGGGGUUUGCUGGUGGCUCUUGGAAUUUAAACCUGAGGUGACCUGAUCACAAUGGCACGAAUCAUUGUCUUGGCAGGGCUGGGUGUUCUUCUAUCACUCCAGAUUGUGGCUUCCACCAAACUGGUGUGUUACUUUUCCAACUGGUCCCAAUACAGACCUGGAAUUGGGAAAUUCACACCUGAUAAUGUGGACCCCCACCUCUGCACCCAUGUGAUCUAUGCCUUAGCCACCAUCAAAGACAACCAGCUCACAACCAUUGAGUGGAACGAUGAGACACUAUACAAGUCCCUAAACAGCCUAAAGAACAUCAAUUCUGAGAUGAAGACUCUGCUGUCAGUUGGAGGUUGGGACAAUGGAGUAAGCGCGUUCAUAGGGAUGGUUUCCACACCUGAAAACCGUCGGACCUUUAUCGAGUCAUCUAUUCGCUUCCUGCGUUUGCAUGGCUUUGAUGGCCUGGACCUGGCCUGGGAAUUCCCAGGACAAAAUGAGAUCUCCCCUGGGGACAAGCAGAGAUUCACAGCUCUGGUUGCGGAGCUCAAAAAAGCCUUUGAGGAUGAGGCCAGAGACACCAAGCAGACCAGACUUUUGCUCUCUGCAAAGGUUGCAUCAAUUAGAUCUACAAUUGAUUCAGCCUAUGAGAUACCACAGGUGUCAAGGGAGCUGGACUUCAUUAGUGUCAUGACCUACGACUUCCAUGGACACUGGGAGAAGGUCACAGGACACAACAGCCCUCUCUACCAAAGUGCCCUUGAUCACGGAAACCAUGAAUACAACAAUGUUGACUCCGCUCUGGUGUACUGGAUGGAUAAUGGAGCCCCUGCUGAGAAGCUGCUGAUGGGGUUCCCCACAUACGGCCGCACGUUCCGCCUCUCCUCCUCCAUGACCAGUCUUAAAGCCCCUGCCAACGGGCCAGCUGCUGCUGGACCCUACACCAGGGAUGCUGGCUACUGGUCUUACUAUGAGGUUUGCUCUUUCAUCACAACUGGAAAUGUCAACUGGAUUGAUGACCAGAAGGUUCCCUAUGCUACCCAUGGCGAUGCGUGGGUGGGCUACGACAACAAAGAAAGCUUUGCCAACAAGGUCCAAUGGCUACGUGGCAACAACUUGGGAGGUGCUUCUGUCUGGACUCUGGACAUGGAUGACUUUGGGGGAACGUUCUGUUUAGAUGGGAAAUACCCUCUUGUGAAUCACCUCCGCAAUUCACUUGGAUUUCCUCCCAAACCCACGACACCGCCUCGUCCCACCACCACCGCUGAUCCCAUUUCUUCCUUCUGUGCCGGCCGUCCUGAUGGCCUUUACCCCAACCCCGCUGACCAGUCCACCUACUUCCAGUGUUUCCGUGGGAACACCUACCUGCACAGCUGCCAGCCAGGCCUGAUUUACGUUGAUGCCUGCAAGUGCUGCAAUUACCCCUGAGGGAAAGCUGAGUUCCAACGCAAGGCAGUCUGUUGGGCGCCAGGCCCCUCAUCUGUCCUGGUUAC